ACGCUAGUAAUAUAAGCUCACACAAAUAUUAAUAAUAAAAUACUAAAAAAUCUAGGAUACAGGCCCUUGAACAAACUUGCUUAUAUACCCCCAAACAGAAGCCUGGGGAUACUGUUAUGUGAGUGCAACACACCUUUUGUUAUUGUUUUGAUACCUGCUGUGGGUGAAGGUGAAUAUGGCCUUUACAGCAGUGAGCUUACAUUACUAGUGCAGUAACAGGAGGAGACUGAGGCCAUGGAGAGGAAGGCGUGGCCUUAGUUCCUCUGUUCAGCUCAGUGUGGUUUGAAUCUUCUGUGACAAGAAGCCUUCCACGUGAACACAUAGAAGCUCACUGACACACAAUCAGGUGCUGAGGAAGAGGAAGCAUCCAAAGACAGCGAAUUUCAAGAUUAAACUUCUGGACAGUCAAUGCGUCAAAUUGCACUUCGCAUUCGAAAGAGAAAGAAGCCAUGGACCUUGUAGACCCAAUCCUGGGCAUAGCGGAGAAGCUGUACUCCCUAUGUGAUGAGGUGAAAGCCAAUAAGAAGCGGUGCAGACGGCUGGCUGAACGUGUGUCUGCACUGGCUGAUCUGGUGAAGGCCGUGAAGCUGCGGGGUUUGGGCAGUCAGCCAGAGCUGGUGAAGAGGGGCCUGCAGGAGCUCAAGCUCACUCUGGAGUCUGCACAGAACGUAGUGAAGAAAUACGCCUUGUCCAGCUAUCUGAAGCGCAUUGUGAAGGCCUAUGACCUGGGCGAGGAGUUCUGCUGCCUGAACGAACGACUUAACGAUGCCGCUCAGCUGCUCUCACUGGCUCUGCAGGUGGAGCAGAGGGAGAGGAUGGAGGGAGUGUUCAGCGAGGCCAAGAGGAGGAAAGAGGAUGAAGAAGACAGAAGGUUUGACUGUGAAGAGCUCCAAACAUUGCUGCAGUCUUUGGCAGAGGAGAACCAGGAGACCAAGGUGACCGUGGAUGCUGUGCACUUGAAAGUCGAUCAAACUCAAAAAGAUGUUCAAGACAUCAAAAGCGUCCUGGACUCACUAAAAAGACCCAGCAUCCAUCUGCAGGACAUCAGAGAGAUCAGGCCAGAUGAGCUGACCUAUGACUUUCCCAUUGAACCAAUCAUGAAGACUUGCAAUUCUGAGCUGUUCAAAGGAGAGUACAACAAGUUCACUGUAGCCAUUAAGAGAUAUACAUAUACAGAGGGCACAAACCCAAGCCAAGUUAGGAGCAUUUUUCGUAAGGAAGUGGAGACCAUGAAGCGCUUUGAAUCACCCCAUAUCCUGAGAAUGUUUGGGAUUUGUGUCCAGGAUGAGAAUGGACCCAACCCGAACUACCUGAUAGUGACGGAGUUCUGUGAGAAGGGCUGUCUGAGGCAGGUGCUAGACAGUUCCAGCAAACUGCCAUGGGACAGAAAGACCCAAAUGUGUCUGGAUGCAGCGCAAGGACUCUACAGGCUGCAUCAAUCUGAGGAGAAGUUUAAGGUGCACGGCUGCAUCACCAGCAGCAAGUUCCUGGUGGCUGCUGGGUACAGAGUGAAGCUGGCCGGCUUUGAGCUGGCGAAGACAGAAACAUCACUAAAGAAGAGUAAAGAUAAAAAGAACAGCUUAAUGAUGUACACAUCUCCACAACAGCUCGAAAACAUCAACCAUCAAUAUGACAAGGCCUGCGAGAUCUACAGUUUUGGAAUCGUCCUGUGGGAAAUUGCAGCACGCCAAGUCCCCUUUAAAGACUGUUCAUCCCACAGUCUUCUUUAUAAGAAGUUGUGUGUGGAGAAGGUGAUGGAGCCACUGCCGAACGACUGCCCGAGUCAGCUCAAGGAGCUCAUUGAUGCCUGCCGCUCGUACGAGCCAUUCCAGAGGCCCAAUGCUGGAGUGUUAGUGGACAAGCUGCGCAAACUGGCACAGCAGUACGAAGAGGACUAAUGCUUGGGCACCUGUUCACACUCUGCAGACUGGCACACCUACAGAUGAUCAGCUGCUGGAGUCUCCAAAACCAAAGCCCACUGAAUAAGCCUUUAUCCUGCCAGUCUUUGUUCAGGCUGGUGAUUACUCAGCUGCCGUUUCAUUUUCACCAAGAGUUGAGCUGACUGUUUGUACCUCAAGGGAAUGGUUUCCUCAACACAGAUUAAGCCUAGCAAGGAUUUCAGUUAUACUGCCAAUUCUCUCAACAUAUCCAAACUGUUCAUUUGUGUAUGAGAUACGUUUCUUGUUUUUUUAAGGAGUGUGUCAUUUCAUAAGCAGAGUUGCAGCCACCUUUUAGCAAAGUCUAAAUUGGAAGAUGUUUCAUGCCAUAUGACUUUUCACCCAUUUAUUUGACCAUCAGAGCAUAUCUGCUAAAUAAAUUUAUAGUAAAUAUUUUAAUUAAAUGUUUGAUUGUCUGUUGGUAAAUCAAGUGCCAGUGGGUUUGUGAGGUAUAACAUAUAUGCAGGACUGCUGUGUACCCAACAAUGCAAGGGCUGGAAAAUCAUUCAUAUUAACAGAUACUGUAUACUGAUUUGCUGUUGAAUAUAUUACUCAUUGGUGUUGUUAGCACAGAAACAUAAGAACGGUGCCAUCAAAGGGGAUCACAUGAUUCCACAGAUUUUAAUGCAUUAAUAUGGUCAAUAAAGUCAUUCAGGGUGGUUUAAUGUAAAUUAAAUAGUCUAUUCUAGAGAAACUUCUGAGUCAGAGUUGUUGGUGAUAUGUCAGAAGAAUUUAUGCAUCUAAAAGCUGCCUCACAGAAAGCUAUUACUCAGGUGGUUGUGAAUAUGCUGUCAGAGAUAUUGUUUUACAACAGUUUUGAGAGAAUAUUUCAGCCUAAAACAUAUUGAAAUAAAUUUUAAAUUUAUUCAUGACGGAGAGGUACAUGAAAUGGCUAAAAUAGAAAGCUUAUUUUUGUCUAUAUACCACUAUUCUACCAUUAUGUAGGUUCACUGGUCAUCUUGGAUAGUAAAUAAAAUGGCCAUAUUUGCAUUGCAACCUCUGGUUCAUGUCACCACCAUUGUCACCAAGUCAGUACGUUUCUCCACAAUGCACAAUUUCACAUCAAACCAUUAUGACUUUUCUUUUCAGUGAUUGAGUAAUAUCAUAACAAUUUUUGAAAAGUUGAUGGAAUUCCCCUUUCAUAUAUAGAUGACUUUCUACCCAAUGACUGCUGGGAUAGGCUCCAGCUGCCCCCGUGACCCAGAAGGAGUGUGUGUGAAUGUGUGUGCGUGUGUAUAGAUGACUGUACAUGUAUAUACACCAACCGGCCACUUCAUGAAGUACACCUUCUUGUAUCUACACUCUUUGUCCAUUAUAUCAACUCCAUUUAUCAUAUAGAUGCACUUUGUAGU